AUUGCGGUGAACAUUUUAUUUCAAAUUGCGUCUUCUUAUCUGUGUUUUGUGCCCCCGCGCAUGCAGGCAGAUGAACAUCAAAUGCGAGGCGCAGCAAACCAGAAGCGGAAACUGGAAGAUGUAUUACGGAAUGUAGGGUGAUUCCCGAAUGCUUUUUAGUGGUUGGAGAUUACCAAAAAUUUCACUGUCGUGUAAUGGUGUUGCUGGGUGGAGACAAACGCAGAUACAAGAACGGGAGUGGCACAAUGAAAACGGAUUUUAAUUGGCAAACUGUAGGAAAAAGAAACGGAAAUAAACCCAGGAUCUGAUGGUGGCUAAGCCGACGCAGGUGGUGCAGGUGGAGGUGAAGGUGUGAGUCACAGACUAAAAAAGGUAUUUUACAACGCAGGUGAUAUCAUGUGAGAGGUGGGACUUAUCACACUAACCUAUUAAAGGCUCCUGAUGCAAUUCGUCUUAGCACCAAGAGGUCAGAUGCGCGUAAAGAUGCUCUCUCUUCACAAAUGCAUACUGGUAGUGCCGUUAUGUGGCUUCAUUUUUUGUGAUCUUGUGAUGGGAACGAAAGCGGAAUGCCCAAAAACCGGACAAACCACGGGAGCAGGAUCGUUGUGCUGUAACGAGACAUCUUAUGAUCCUGGAAGGAACACUUGUUGUACAGAUAAAAAGAGUACAAAAUCUUACGUGACAAAAGGUCUGAGUGAAAGGAUGUCUCAGUGCUGCGGGCUACAGGCGUACAACCCACUUAAUGAAAUGUGCUGUAAACUAGCAGUGAAACCGAAGCCUUCUCUUAAUGCCGGAUGCUGUGACAAAGAGCCUUAUGAUAAAAAUACGAAACUAUGCUGUGGUGGAAAGAAGCUCCUGACCAGGCUUUCUCCUGAACAUCUGUGCUGUUUUGAAAGCCAGUUCGACCCUUCAAUUGAGAAAUGUUGUCAGAAUACGUGUCCUAGGAUUCAACUUAAAAUCAAUAAUUCUAUUGAAUGUGAGAAGAACCUCACAUGUCCUGGUACCAGCGAUGGAAAUGGCAUUAACACCGGUGGGACCAAUGAACAAGAACAGGCCCCGGAAAAUGACACCGACACCGUUGUUGAGGAAGUUUGCUGCAAGAGUGAGUCAGAAAAGGAGGUGUACAGCAAGAAGGAUGGCUUCAGCUGUUGUGGUCACCACUACUACAACUGUUCUCUGUGGUCUUGCGAAGAAGAACGUAGGCUUCGUCCAAUUGACAACCCAGCACAAUGCAAAAAAAGUAAUCUGUUCUCCUGACAUCUUUCCUUCCAAACACAAGAAGUCAAGGUUUGCUGUUUUAACAAGACUAGUUUCUGCGCUUUUACAUUAAAAUGUAUCUGAACCUUUUUUUGGCAGACUAAUUCAUUGACAGAACAUUAAAACAAAAGUAAGAAUUUUGUUUUAAAUCACCAUUUGUAACAAACCGUAUGUAAGUAUGUCUGAUCUUUAAAUUAAUUGUUUUUCUUUAUAUAGGGUUCUCUGGCUAUUCAGGACAGCAAGACUCUGAGUAGCAGUGUGCUAAAAAUAAGUGUAGCUGGCUGCUGCAGUACUUCAGCCUAUCAUGAAAACACCUGAUCCAUAUAUGUUUCCAAAAGUAAGCUCUGUAAAAAACAUCUAUUUCUUUAGUGAGGCUUUAAUUGACUGCCUAACCAUCAUUUCAGUAAACCAGUCAAUUCAUUUCAUUUUGUUUGAGUUUUCUCAGGAGGUUGCCACUAGCAAACUGGUUUUAGCUGUUCUUCCUACAGCUAAAACCAGUUUGGUUUUCCACAGCUAAAGAACCAGCCGUGCAAAAUAUCUUCAUAUCAGAAUCAGAAUCAGAAAAGCUUUAUUGCCAAGUUUUUGGACAUACAAGGAAUUUGUUUUGGCGUAGUCAAGGAUAUCACAAAGAUGACUUUUUCCAUAAAUGUUUCAUUGUCUUUAAACUGUAUUAAGAGAUUCUUCUGAGCUUUAUAGCACAGGGAGAUACUUUGUGUAUCCAAUGUUUCUGUCUCUGAUCCAUGCAAACAGCUUUAUUAGAAAUGUAGCUUUUAACAAGCUAGUAGAACGCGAUUUGCAAUGCUAGCUAUAUCUGUAGUAUUAAUAAAAUAUUUGAUUUGUCUUGUAACUCAGAGCCGGGAGUGGGAUCACACCCGAGUUGAAAUUGCUGUUGUUGCAAGUCAGAGAACAGUGAGAUUUGCUAUUUGUUUUGGUGCUAAUUACUAUCAGCAAUAAAAGCAAAAUAUACAGUAUAACUUUAUUUUAUGAGCUUAAAGAUAAAGACAUGUUUACAAGUAAAUAUUUACAGUACUAAAUGUGCCCCUGUUUAACCACCAUUAGAGAUGCUAAUAAAUUGUUAAUACUGUCAACUUUUACUUCUUUCUAUAUACAUGUAUCCAUAUCAAACACAACUCUAAGUAUCCCAAUAAGCUCUAAUCUUUCCAGUCAAAAAAGCAUAUUCAGGGCAGUUUUUCUGGGGUUUUUUUGGAAUGGGAAUUUGGAGAAAAUUUGAGCUUAACCAUAUGCAGAUAGCAAUAAAAUUAAACAGCCAAAAGAAUGUAUGGGAACAGCUAGUUAUUCCAAUGCUAAUCUGACUCGUUAUUAAUAAUAAUCAGGUUUUAUAAUUUUUGGGAUGAAUCUCAAGGCAGAGUACACCCUGGACAGGUCGCCAGUCCAUCCCAGUCCAAUACAAAUGCUAAACAAUCAUGCAUGCACUCACUCACCACUAAGCAAUUUAAAAUUAGUCAAUAGCAACAUGAGUUAACCUAAUAUGCAUAUUUUUCAGCAGGAACAUUGUUUCAUAAGCUAAACUGAUGUCAUCUAAUGGGGCUUCUUUUAAAAUAUAUAUUUUUUUAUGUAAGGGGAUUGUUUUACUUUGACUUUAUUGAGGAAUAGCCAGAAAUGAAUGUUUAGAAAACUAUUUCAGGGAUAUGAAUGUACUGUAACCCCAACUUCUUAGUUUCUCAGUUGUCAAAACAAACUCAGCUCUGAUGUCUUUAAUGUUUCAGUAUCAGCUAUGUUCAGUUUUGAGCAGUUUAUAUGAAUGUGAUUUUUGUACUGUAACGAAUGUAGUAGGUAUGGAAGACAUGGUGCUUCUGAACAUUUCUGUAUGACUGUAAGACACAUAAGAAUGAGCUGGUUCUGGUGAAACUCAUGAUGCCUAAUGUUUAUCCACAUUACUCUCAUGUUAAGGAUAGCAAUCUGUAUUUUGCAUGUUUAUUUUGACUGAUAACUUUGAAAUAAAGUUUCUAAAGCAUUUACA